UGACCUCAAGAACAACGAAACGCAAUCGCCAAAGAAGAAAAAACUACUUACCACCACACAAUAUAUUUAUCAAGCUCUUUUUAAGGAGCAAACAAAUUCGGAUAUCGCCGUAAUGGCUCUGGGCAAAGUUUGGAAUCUACACAAGGUGUAUCUAUGCCAGAGUCCAUACUUUUAUAGUAUGUUUAACGGCUCAUGGAAGGAGUCAUGUCAGGACUUCGUGCACAUAAAAAUUUUAGAUGAUCGCAUCACGUUGGAAGCACUGGAUGCCGUUUUUGGUUCCAUGUACUCUGACGAGAUAGAAAUCGAUCCAAAGGCUGUAAUUUCGGUAUUAGCCACCGCAACACUCUUCCAUUUAGAUGGCAUUAUUGAUAAAUGCGCCGAAGUGAUGAUUGAAUCCAUCAACGCGGACACUGCCAUAUGUUACUAUGAAGCGGCUUGCCAGUAUGGAAGCGUGAAUGUAAAGAAGGCUGCUAUGGUGUGGUUGGAAACUAAUUUGCUAUGUAUAUACCCCAAAGACGACCUCUUAUUGCGGCAGAUAAGUAUCGAGUUAAUGACGAAGUUAAUAGCCAGCCCAGAAUUGUACGUAAUGCAGACCGAGUUUUCGUUGUACACACUGCUACGAACGUGGAUGUAUCUGCGUUUGAAUCCGCAGUAUGACUCUGAUAACAAUUCUGAUGCCUUUUUGGCCGCAACUGGGGGCAGAGACAGGGGUCGAAGCUGUAGUAGUGGGAGUACCAAUAGCAGCAAAAGUGGCGGCGACAGUCCAUCUCUUGCAGACCUCAUACAAGCUUUCUUCGGAAACCGCAGCGAAAGGCGCCCAUUCCUGGCCACACCUGAAGGUCAACAAUUCGUUCCUCCAUUCCAAGCGCUACGCACGCAGUACUUAACCAAUCAUCACACAGAUUUAAAGAUCGUACUUAAUGAUAAUAUCAUUCCAAAGGAUUGGCUGCAUAGCCACGUACUAAGCCACUGGCAUUCAAUUUUAAAGGUCGACCACCUGCCGGAGGAGGGCAUUACCGUUUUUAUAGCCAGAAAUUUCAAAAUUAUAUUUAAAUGCACGGAAUACACUGAAACAGUUACCUCUACUUACUCACCAAACCCAUUUUAAGGGCUUCGCUAGCUAAAAAAUCCUGUUAUGACACCCAACGGAAGGCUACAGCCGUUCUUUGGUAGUUUAGUAUCCGUUUUGUUAAUUUGAGGUCAUGGGACCAAGCAUGGCCCUGGAUACUUUGCAUUUACGUUGCUGGGAUCACCUUUUAUCCGCCUCUUGAAAUAUGCCUAACGCAUAUUUCUUUUAAAAAGCCUGUAGGGAGAUAGUAGCACUACGUUUGCUAU